AGCAACCCUGUCACUGAAAGGCAGGGGCAGGAGAGCAAGAGUGAGGGGAACGAAAAGGGGUGUGACCACAGCAUGAGCUUUUAGAAGAAGCUGCUCCGUAGAUCUCUAAAGUCAGAAGGACUGAACAGCUUUUAAAACACUUUUCUCCUCGGAACUGUUUAUUUCUUUAUUCCAUGAGUGCUGCAAGCGUGCUCAGGUCCUUCAGUCCAUCAGCGAUGCCUGGCCCAGUUAUGCCGAUGGACGUGGCUAUGAGAUUCUACAUUAGCCACUCUCCGCCUCCUCUGCGAGGCUUCCUCAGCUCCUACGAGGAGCUGCAGAGGGCCAAGAACAGGGUCAACCAGUCCACUGCCCGCGGCCACAACCAGCAGCUCUACAAACCACUGCGACCCUGCCUCAGCAGCCAGCAGAAAGCGCUGGAUGAUGGCAGCUGCGUAAACUGGAACAGCAACAAGGCCGGGAAGAAGAGGGUGGUGUUCGCCGACACGAAGGGCAUGUCACUCACUGCCAUCCAUGUCUUCUCCAAGUUUGACGAUGAGCUGUAUCAAAACAAGCGUUGUGGGGGAAUCUCAGAGGAGCUGCAGUUUGACAUGACAGACCUGGAAACAGCCACAGUGGAUCUAAAGAUCAGCCCAGUGCGCAGCCUGGCACUGGACUUUCAACAGCCCUCAGCCGACUACCUGGAAUUCCGGAACCGCCUGAUACAGAAUUCAGUCUGCCUGGAGAACUGCUCACUGCAGGAGCGCUCACUGACCGGCACCAUCAAGGUCCGGAACAUUGGGUUUGAGAAGUCAGUGCAGUUGCGCGCCACCUUCGACUCGUGGACCAGCUUCACCGACGUCGAUUGCACCUUCAUGAACAACGUCUACAGCUGCCAAGAUUCUGACACCUUUGCCUUCGUCCUGGAUCUGCCUUCCUACAUCCCACCACAGAAUCGUGUCGAGUUCUGCAUCUGCUUCAAGGUCCAGGGUCAGACCUUCUGGGACAAUAAUGACGGCAAGAACUAUGUUCUCAAGCACGUCGGCUUGAACGGAGAGGACCUCAACAAUGUGACGCCCCCGACUUCUGUUGAGCAGAAGAAGCCUUCAGAGCAGAAAAACGGGGGCGUGAAGCUGCUGGAGAUGGAGUUCGACCAGUUCGGCAGCCCACGCAUGUCCAGCGGACUCUUUCCCGGCUGGCAGAGCUGGGGCCAGAUUGAUAACACGGUGCCUUAUUGGUGAAAACAUCAGGAUUUUUGCUGAAAUGGCAAAGAAGUACGAUAAGACACUGACAGGGCAUUCAGUAUGAAUCCAGCUGUGGAGUUUGGACUGGCUCUCAGCCACAAACUAAACUGAAGCAAACAAACUCUGCUUGUUUAGCAGAGGAAGUGCACAAACCAGACAGAAACCUAACUGUAAUGUGCUCAACUGACCUGCUUUUUGCUGUAACGCGGUCGUUUGGCCUCAGAGACCUGACGAACUGUGUUUGGAGAGCGAGGGAUUUAUGGGGGAAAUCAGUCGUGUUUCAUGUAUUCCUCCUUUGUAAAAUAUUAAUGUGCCUUCUUAGAGUGCCUGCCCACUAAAAUACAGACUGAUCUGUACAAUCAGCACAUGUAAAACCCUUUCUGGGGGGCUGAUGUAUUGGUUAAAUAUGCACUGAUUGAGAUGUCCCUCUCGAUGUGAUGUCUGUCAGCUGAAGGGGUGGAAAUGCUGAUUAAGUCCUUCAUAUUGAAGGGAAAGUAUGGGGAGUGCAUGGCGACAGAAUGCGUCUCUGCUACAGGAAACACAGCUGAUUCAUUUCUAAUGAAACAUGCACACUAAACUUUUGCACCUUCAAAUGAGAACGGAAUUAAACAUGAUUCAAAACUGCCUUGAUUUUUGAAUUAGAGUCAUGCAGCCCUUUCUUUCCCUCCAUGUAAAUUGCACGUCUGAUUAAAAAAUGUUUGAAUGAUAUAAUUUUGAGGUAAGUUUGUUGAGGAACUGAGCUGCUAUCAACAGAUGUGUCGCAAGAGAGACUCUGCACGUGAUUGGUUGUCUUGAACGGGGGAGACGUCGAGAAAGUUCUGUGGUUAUGGUAUGUCAGGAAAGAAAUGGUGUAAAUACUGAAUGUUUGUGUUUGCUUGUUUUCACAAGUGCAAUUCUGUGAUGAGUGUACAGUACGUGUGGCUGGAGCUGAGAUUUUUCUCUUUAGAAAUGAUCUAUGUAUUUUUUCUCUCACUGUGAAGAAAGGUCUGCGCCCAAGCGUUUUGUGUUUCACUUGAAGGUGUGUGUUGCCGACAUGCAUCACGUCGGUCGUGUAUUUCCCUUUCUGAAAUAAAUUUCUAUAUUUGUGCAAAA